GCGCAGAAACAUUUCGAAGAAGAAGAAAAGGAACCCAAUGGAAUUUGUCCUCAGUUCAUUGGUCUGCUGUGUCUGUCCGCUAGCAAAACAACAGUUUUAGUCGUUAAUAUUCAAGCGUGUGUGCCUCAUGAGUAUCAGAGAAUGUCUACCCGGGCUCUUCGAAGGCUUAAAGGGAAACAGCGAGGCCAGGAGGCGUUGGACUUGGGGGAUCUAACUUUGGGUGACACCCCGGAGGAGCAGGCUGAGGCUGAAGAGGAGCAGUUGGACACGGCUAACGUUUCUCUUUCUUCUAACAAGAAAAAUGACGGCCGAAAGGCUAAGAAAAACAAGGCUCAGAAAAAUUUCAGCAACAUUUAUGAGUUGAUCGGUAGUGCAGACAUCGAAGGAGAAAAAAUUUCACCUGAUGAAGAGGCAGAGAAACCAAACAGAAACAAAACAAGCGACCCAGCAAAGAAUGACAAUAGAGACACAGAAAAAGCGGAUCAAAAGCAUGAGGGAGAGUUGGACAAGCUACCUGGAGACAGGGUUAAAAAGAAGAAGAAGAAGAAAAAGGCAAAAGUGACAUCAGAAGAUGGAAAGGAGGCUGCAGCAGAUGAUAACAUUGAUUUAUUGCUGGAAAACUUGGAGCAGUCUAACGGUCUGAGUUUGCAAAAUGACGAUUCUGGAGUGUCAGACAGAAGACCUGUGCUGCAUGUGGAGCACAGGAAUCUCAACCCUGAGACGGAGCUGAAGAGAUAUUUUGGGGCUCGAGCUGUUCUAGGGGAUCAAAGGCCUCGACAGAGAAACAGACAGUUUCACCGUACCACUUGGAUGACCAGUCCAAAGGACAGCUGGCCUCGCUUCAGCCGCCCAGGAAUCUCAAUGACCUUACUGGAGACAAAGGACGGCAUUCAUUACUUCACGUUUGAGCACAGUCGGGAAUACCAACAAGUACAGUUCAAGUUCCUGGAUGCUGUCGAGUCCAUGGAUCCCAACAACAUUGUGGCCCUGCUUCAGCUUAACCCCUACCACAUCGAUUCCUUGCUGCAACUUUCUGAUGUCUGUCGCAUACAAGAAGACCAGGAGAUGGCUAGGGACCUUAUUGAGCGAGCCUUGUACAGCUUUGAGUGUGCUUUUCAUCCUUUAUUCAGUCUGACGUCGGGCACCAGCAGACUGGAUUAUCUGAGACCAGAAAACAGAGCAUUUUAUCUGGCUCUGUAUAAGCACAUGAUGUUCCUGGAGAAGAGAGGAUGCCCAAGGACAGCUUUGGAGUACUGCAAACUUAUCCUGAGUUUGGACCCAGACUCUGACCCUCUUUGCAUGCUGCUGCUCAUUGAUUUCUUGGCACUUCGUUCCAGAGAGUACCAAUCUGUCCUUCAGAUAUAUCAGGACUGGGAGGAGCACAGAAAUCUGUCUCAGCUGCCAAACUUUGCAUUCUCCACUGCCCUUUGUUAUUUUCAUCUAAGUCAGCAGGAAAAUAUAGACCCUGAAGAAAGUCACAAACAAAGGCACAAAGCUGACGAGCUGCUGCAGAUUGCCCUUAUCAUGUUCCCUGCAGUCUUGAUGCCUUUACUGGAUCUGUGUACUGUGCAGCCAGAUGCUGCAGUCACCUCCCAUAGUUUCUUUGGUCCAAAUAGUCAGAUAAGGCAGCUGCCAGCUCUGGCUGAACUGACAGGUCUGUAUGUGGGGAGAACUUACACUCUGUGGAGGGAGGCAGCAGUAAUGCUUUGGCUGGAAGAGACGGUGAAAGAAGUGCUACGACGAGUUGAUGCCAAAGACCCUGUAGUGGAGGACUGCCAAAACAAGAGAAAGCAGAGGUACCAAAGUGCACCAAGGAACAUCCAUCGCCAUGUCCUACUCUCUGAGAUCAAAGAAGCCACCUCAACUCUGCCUCUGGAGGUGACCACUCAGCCUGUGAUGGGGUUUGAUCCUCUGCCCCCACUCGACUCAGUGAUGUCAUAUACACGACCAGAAAGGCAGCGUGUUGGUGCAUCCAAUGAGAGUACACUGUCACUGUUUUUCCGGUCAUUGCUGCCAAACUUUAACAUUCAGGAUCCACCGAGGCAGGAAGAUGACAUGGAAGUGGCUCGAGCUGGUCAGGAGCUGAACCAGGAAGUGAAUCGCCUAAUGGUGGCAAUGAGGGACAUGCUGGCAAAUAUCCGGUUUCAGGAGCCACCAAGAGAGGACAACCCCUACAGAGAUGAUGAUGAAUGGGACUGAAAGAGGAGAUAGAGGUGGACUAAGUGAUGGAUGAAGAGGAAUAAAACUGAAAAAGAAAGUGAUGUUAAUAAUUACAAGGAGAAGAAGUUGGACAGCUGGAUAUUAUUUUGUUGUCAUAAUUUCAAAAUAUUAGACUGAUUUUAAAAAAACAAACAUAAAUACUACUGGGGUAAUGUAGAUGGAUGUGAACCUGGCAAACUUUGUUCCAAGCUCAGAAAGCAGAUUGUUAGUUGGACCUGUCAUGUUGCCAAGGUUAAGUGUAUUAUUUAUAAUUAUUAGUUCCAUAAUCAGUCUCCAAGCAUUGUCAGUUCAGUAGCACUAACUGAUAAUAAGUCCUGCUUUUCUUCCUCUGGUUUCUGGCUUUCUGAGAGUUUUUCAUUUUCUCUCAUAAACACUCUCAUUGGAGGGCUUUACGAAGCUAGAGCAAGAUUCAUGUAGUCUCAUUCUGAGUGUAAGUUCUAAAGCAAACUGCUGCUUAUCUGCACUUUAGUACAUUUACACAGAAUCAUAAAAUUUUUAUUCUCAUUGAUUUGAUCACUCCCAAUAAAACUAAAAACAAACUCUGAAAAAUCCCUUGAAGUUUUCUUGAAGGCUAAAAUGAUUACUUUUUUUUUAACUUGAAUAUUUUAAUGCGUAGCUAGUAAAGCAUUUUAAAUCGAUCAAUUCUGUUUUUCUAAAACUGCGGUUUUUUGUUGUUGUUUUUUCUGGCGCAAAUUCAGUUAGUCAUGCCAUCCAUUUAGGUCUUAUUUAUAAUUUGAACUGAAUUAUAGUUGAUCCACAGCUAAGCAUUUGGGGGGUAUGUUCAUUUCUUUUAUUUUUGCAGGGAUUCUGUAGCCAUAAUAAUCUUACUGUGAGACUUCUAUGAUUUUUUCUGCUGAAUAAUUAAGAAGUUCCAAAAUAUAACGGGGGCCACAUGAAAAGAUUUAAAGUGUUUUGACUCUUGGUAAUAAAUUACAUCAAAUUGAGUCAUUUCUGAUGACAAACAGUUCCACACAAACCUCAGCAAGAUGCUGCUCGACCUGAUGACGCACUUCUGUUGUGACCUGUUGUAAAAAGCAUGAAAAGGUCUUCCACGUACACACCUGACAUCAUUUUAAGCAUCCUUAAACAUGAUAAACUAGAUUUGUUUUGUCUUUGUGGGCUUUGUGGUAUUUUCUACUCAUUGUCUUAAUCAUCUUGGCUGCUGUUUUUUGUUUGUUUGUUUAAAUUCUGCUGCUUUCUUUCUCUAAUAUUCUUAUUACCUCUCAGAUUUCGGCACGGAUUCUCACAUUUCAGUUUCAGUUUACUUGCCCUUAUUGACAACGCAGCUAUGGCAGAUGUUUUCAUUUUUAUCUCUUAAACUGGUUAUUCAAUUAACUCUUUUCUGUGUACACUCCGAUUCUCAUGACCUCACUUGAUUAUGCUCAUUCGCUGCACACUAAAUCUGAAGCAGUAACUAUGCUUCUGUUAUCAUCAGUGAUAUUUAUCGUUUUUAACUUGUGCUUAUUUUUUUAACACUCUCUAACUGUUGCCCUUUCUUCUCAGUGUCCUUUCAUAUUAUCCAUGGGAUACGAUUCACCCCAUUAAUGCUUUACAGUCACUGUUCGAACAUUUUUUUCAAUACAAACACAAACACGCCUGAGGUCUGUUACUCUCAGUCAAACAAAGGACAAAAUCAUUGCGAGAUGCUGUACACACUUGAAACAGACCUACUUACUUUGUUUUCCAAUGAGCCACAAGGAUGUGGGUGACUGUGCUGGAUGGUCAAAUGAGGUCAUUGUUCCUAAUUCACCUGGAGCUAUGGAUGUUGUCGUGAAAACUUUUCAUGUGAUCAUUCUGCUGUA